AUGGGUGGCAGUGACAGUGGCACUGUGUGUCCUUGGGCUGUCAACUACCUAUGCACCAACAACAUGGGAAGCCAAAUGCAGUUCUGCAUGCACCAACAACAACCACCACCAAAUCAAGAAGCAGACUCUUUUGGGGCCUUAGCCGGUGAUCCGGGCUAUUUCCCUCUCGACAAUAAAACUCAUCCCCCAUCGUCUUACUGGCCGACCUUGACCCCUGUUGAUGCAAUUUAUGGUGUUGGGUCUGAUCUCAUUAGGAGUGAAUUAGGUGCUUAUGGAGAAACCCUACUUGGAUCAGGCUCAGCCUAUGUUCAAACCAAUAUCAGCAGAUAUUUAUCCAACCCCAGAUAUUAUUUCCAAGUGAAUGAUGACUAUGUGAAGAAUAAGUUGAAAGUAAUCCUAUUUCCAUUCCUACACAGGGGACAUUGGAUGAGAGCAACUGAAAAGGUUGGUGGCAGAAGUGAAUUCUCUUACAAGCCUCCAGUGUAUGACAUCAAUGCUCCUGAUCUGUACAUUCCACUAAUGGCAUUUGGCACCUAUUUGGUUCUUGCUGGCUUCCUUCUUGGCAUCAAUGGAAAGUUUAGUCCUGAAGCCUUAGGGGUGCAACUAACAAAUGCAAUGCUUUGCUGGAUCUUCCAAGUAGUCCUGCUUGAAGCCACACUCCACAUCUUAGGCGACGGAGAUGUGCCGCUGCUGGACAUUGUGGCCUACGGAGGAUACACUUUCGUUGCGCUCUCUGUUUCGUUGAUGGCAAGAAUCAUGUGGAUCUACUCAUUCUACAUAGUCACAUUGUGGGAAUGCUUUUGUAUGGGAAUGCUUUUUGUGAAGAUCAUCAAGAGGAUUCUGAUCGCAGAGGUUCGAUGUUCCGAGAAGCAUUCGAGCAAGCGACAUUAUUUGCUGCUCUUGGUUGCCGCUGCUCAAGUUCCAUUGCUGUUUUGGCUUGGUAAUGUUGAUUCACAAUCAUACAACAGUUACUCACAAAUAUAUGCAAAAUAUAUAUUGCAUGCGGGAUUCGAAUUCUGUACGACAAAUAUUCACAAAUAUACUGUCCGUGGGAUUCGAAUCCUGUACAGUGGACAAAAAUACACGAAUGACUUCUUCAAAGUUUCUCAGAUUUUCAAACAGAAAGACAGAAUUAAGUCUACGGUGGAUAAAUUUGCAAGCUUUAUGAGAAUCUUAUUUUGGGUGGAUUCAUUUGCAGGAUAA